CAGAGCAGCCUCUCUCCCGCUAGAUUAUCAGAGACCAUAGGAUUAACGCCUGGAAAAGAAAAGGAAAACAAGGACGGAUUUUACGUUGCUUUUUAAAUAGAAAUCCUCUUGAUCCCACCAUGAAUAAGGACUCGGAGGUCGACAUGAAGGACGUGGAGCUCAAUGAGCUGGACCCGGAGAAGCAGCCCAUGACAGGCGAGGUCCAGGCCGCAGGAGGGGAGAAGAAUGGCAGCGUCAAGCUGAAGGUCCCAGAAGACGAGGUUACAUUCACCGGCCUGUCCAAGGAGGAGCUGAUGAAGGUGGCUGGCACCCCAGGGUGGGUGCGAACCCGUUGCGUGCUUCUCGUCCUGUUUUGGCUGGGCUGGUUGGGCAUGCUGGCUGGAGCCAUAGUGAUCAUAGUCCAGGCCCCUCGCUGCAAACCCAUCCCUGAGAUGAACUGGUGGAACGAAGGACCGCUGUACCAGAUCGAUGAUCUUGAAACCUUCUAUGAUGGACUUGCAGGUAGAAUACUUUUGUAUUUUCAGGGUUAAUCUCAGACUUUUAAUGGCUAAGGCCUUUCUUGCUACUGUUACUAUUCCUAUAAUACUAUUUUCACAUCCCUAUUCUCAAAAUACGGAUGUGAGAUCAUCUUCACAGCGUGGUCUGGCCUGUGGUAACCCGUGCGUAUUCACACAGGAGAGGUCUUGUGGCAAGGUCUUGUGUUUCCUGAGUUCUGCAUGGACUGUUUCAGCUGGUCAGAUGCCGAACUGCUGACAAGGCCGACAACGAGUGACUCAAGGUCUAAAGGGCCUAAAAAGUCGACUAAUCAUUUCUUUCAUAUCUCUCCUGCUCAGAUUUAAGGUCAAAGUUGAGCAACCCGGUACAUUUUAUUUUCCCCAGUGGUUUGCAGAAUCAGAUAGAAGUAGAAAUGUAACUAUUUUAUUUUUUUUACAAAUGCCGCUUAACACAGCAGUCACGAUUAUAAGCCUUCGUUUUCCAAGCUGGCUUUUAACAACAUGUUUUUUUAGGUUGUACAGGUUGUACUGCUGCUCUUAAAGUGAAUUGCUCGGGGGCACUCAGGUUUCCAACAGUCCUUGGGCAGAAUUCCAACAACCACAUGUGACUUGGUGGUGCUUACAUAACGUGUGUGUGUGUGUGUGUGUGUGUGUGUGU